AUGGCUGAAAGUGACUGCUUCGUGAGCAAGCCUCCUAUUCUGGCGGCCCUAGAAAGCAAUAUGUUUGAGGUCCAAACAAGCGGGGAUAUUCGCACGCUUUCGAUGGAUUAUAGAGUUGAAGUCAAGCUGCAGCGAAAUAUUCCAAUCUCCCAGCAACAUGAACACUUGCGAGAGGCAGCCCUAAAGCAGACCCGCCGGCGCAUGGCGCGAGCAGAGCAUGCGAUUGACCCGGCAUCUGGCGAUAUCGGACAGUGUAUCUGUCCCGGAUGCAAAGCACCUCAGGAGCUUCUUCUAUCUCGACUGUCUCGAGGGGGGUGGCGUCCUAAAUGUCCUCCGCCAUACGAACCUCCUGAGCAGCCCCCGCCAUACGAACAGUCUCAACCGCCUCCGCCAUAUGAAUCGUCUAGUACAUCUUCGGAGGGAUAUCGGUCACGCCGGUCACCUCCUCCCAGGCUCCUGCUGGAUAGAAUCCCUGAUUACAACCCGCUCAAUAUUUGA